GAGUCGCAGUGGUCAUCUGAUGAGCUUGAUGCUUUCGAUUGCCCAUAACCUGCCGGAGGAAGAAGCAGUAAAGGAACAGGCAGCGUAUAUGGAAGAUAACUGCUCUGCUCUGAUAUGCUUGGGGGUCUUCCUGAGCUGCAGGGUCUGAAGCACACAUUCCGCAAUCAUGUCUGAGAAAAGAAUGACCUCGAGCCGUAAGCAUCAUCUGAAGAGCUUGAUGCUCCAGAUUGCAGCCAAUUUGAUUGAAGAGGAGAAAAAGGAGAUGAAGCAGGAGAAAGCCAAUUUCAUGGCUAAUAUCCCCGCCCUGGAUUUGUCUGGAGAUCAAGCGGCGCUGAUGGAAAUGCUCAAAAAGUUGUCCCAGACCAUCGACAAGGUUGAUGAGGAAAGAUAUGACGCAGAAUCAAAAGUGAAGAAGACAGAAAAAGAGAUUGAGGACUUGAAGUUGAAAGUGAUUGAGGUUCAGGGCAUCAAGAAGCCAGCUCUGAAGAAAGUGCGUAUGUCUGCUGAUGCUAUGCUUGCAGCUCUGCUGGGCACCAAGCACAAAGCUUCCAUGGACUUUAGAUCGAACUUGAAAGAAGUGAAGAAGGAGGUCAAAGAGGAGGAGGAAGUUGGUGACUGGCGUAAGAACAUUGAUGAACAGGCUGGCAUGGAUGGCAGGAAGAAGAAGUUUGAGUCCGCAUAAAUGAUUGAAUUAGUUUUGGUGUUCAAAACUACGGAGGCUACUGUAAACCCCCAUUUAUCUUUUUCAUUAUUUUGUGGUACUGUUAGAGUAUAGCAUCUGAUAAGCACUUAUACUAACUGUAAACUGUCAUUGAAUUGUAACAUAUUUUCCAAAUGUAUAGGCUUAUUGGAAAUAUAUUCAACUGCCAAACUGUAGUAAUUAAAUAAAUGUCAGCAACAUGGUAAAAAUGAUA